UGAUAUAGUGUAUGCAAAUGUAAUCCUAAAAAUUUUAAUAUUUUAUUUAAAUAAAAUUGUAUUCUUAAACAUAUAUUUUUUUCUUUGAGAUAGAAUAUUAUUAAUUUCCGGUGUUACCGGAUUCAAUAUAUUUAAAUACGAUUCGCCGUUGGUAACCAUGGAUUAUGGAAGCGGCUGGGUAAUAAAUGGAUACUUUAAACUAGUUCACACAAUCAAUCUAGAGCAAUACGAAAAAGUUUUGGAAAAUUUGGAAGAAACCAUGAAACGAAAUACGAACCCAACUCCAAUGAGAACCAUUAUGGAAUUUCACCUCAAUAUCACGAAAUUGAGGCUAUGUGAAUUGGAGAAUAUCCACGAAAGAAGACCACGAUCCAUAAAUUGGAUUGGAUCCGCUUGGAAAUGGAUUGCGGGCUCACCGGAUGCAAUUGACUGGGAUAAUAUUCUUCAGAGACAGGACAAGAUAGUGGCAAACAACAAUAAUCAAUAUAUUAUAAAUGAACAAAUUUUCAAUAUUUCACAAGCGUCAAUUGGGAAACUUAAUGAAAUAGUGUCAUACACUAAUUCCAUCAACAAGAGAAUGGAUUCAGAAAAUAUGGAAAUUUUUCUAUCAAAUAAAAUCCAUGUAUUAAAAGAACAAAUCUCUGAAAUUGUGAGAGUAUCACAGAUGGCAAAAACGAGUAUCGUGAACACCAAUUUACUUGACCAGCUCGAAAUUGAGAAAAUAAUUUCAGAAGAAGAAUCCUCACCAUACCAAAAUUUAAUUGAAGUAGCGGAAUACGCCAAGCCUUCCAUGUAUAUCAAUGGAACUAUUUUACUUUACGUAAUAUCCGUACCAAAGGUAACAUCACAAAAGUAUCGAGUGAUCCUGGCAAGAGCUACAUCAUUGAAGGGAAAAAAGGUUAAUCUUAGAUACCACAACCUAAUGGUAAAUGAAGAUGAAACAUAUGGCAUAAUUGAAGGACCUUGGUCUUCAAUUCAACGAAGAAGCGAUAGCUUGUGA